CCUGUAGACAAUCUUCUCCAUUUUGUGUGGCUGUCCAGCUUCUGCAGCUUUGAAUCAUCUUGCAAAGCAGCAGACUUUACCAAGAAAUCACUCUCCAAUGGAGGGUACAAUCCUUCCAUGCAAAACUGUAACCCCCAAAUUUCCUGAAAUUUUCACAAAAUCCUGUAAAAUCCAGGCUCCCUUUCAAAAAUAUCCCCAGAAACGCCCACCUUACUAUUAUGGAUGCCACUUGACUACCUCUGCAGAAAUGGACGCCUAACUGAAGCCAUAGCAUCUCUGGACUCUAUAGCGCAAUGUGGGUCCAUGGUAAGUGCCAAAACCUUCUCGUACCUAAUUCAGUCUUGCGUUGAUUCUCAGUCAAUUCAUUUGGGCCGUAAACUUCAUACCCGUAUGAAACAUCUACUAAAAGACUUGGAUCCUUUUACUGAAACCAAGAUUGUAGGCAUGUAUGCGAAAUGUGGAUCUCUUGAGGAUGCAUACAAGAUGUUCGAUGAAAUGUCUGAGAGGAAUUUGUACGCGUGGUCGGCAAUGAUUGGUGCGUGUACGAGGGAGAGAAAAUGGGAUGAGGUGGUUGUGCUGUUUUACUUGAUGAUGAUGGAAGAUGGUAUUGUUCCAGAUGAAUUUUUGUUUCCAAAGAUUUUACAGGCAUGUGGGAAUAGUGGGGAUGUUGAAACAGGGAGGUUGAUUCAUGGCAUUGUGAUAAAAUGUGGGAUGAAUUUUCAAUUACGCGUGAAUAAUGCAAUUUUGGCCGUCUAUGCAAAGUGCGGGUUUUCAGAUUUGGCGAAAAGGUUUUGUAGUAUGGUGCUGAAGGAUACAGUCUCUUGGAAUUCAAUCAUAACAGGGUACUGCCAAAAGGGUGAGCUUGAGAAGGCUCGGAGAUUCUUCGAGUUAAUGCGUGAAGAAGGGUUUGAGCCAAGUUUGGUGACUUGGAAUAUACUCAUAUCAAGCUAUAGCCAGUUGGGGAAAUAUGAUGUGGUGAUGGAAAUGAUGGUAGAGAUGCAAAGUUGCGGGAUACUGCCAGAUGUUUUUACUUGGACUUGUCUGAUUUCUGGGUUUGCUCAGUUUAAUCGAAAGACUGAGGCUUUGGAAUGUUUUGAGAAAAUGCUUUUGGCCGGGGUUCAGCCAAAUGAGGUCACACUUAUCAGUUUGCUCUCUAUGUACGCCUCUCUAAAAGAUUUAAAGAAGGGGAGAGAAUUGCAUGCAUGGGCGUUGAAGGCUGGAUUUGGUGAAAAUCUAUUGGUGGGAAAUUCACUAGUUGAUAUGUACUCUAAAUGUGCUAAAGUUGAGGCUGCUAGGCAAGUCUUUGACAUGAUGUCAGCAAGAGAUAUGUACACUUGGAACUCAAUGAUCGGAGGAUAUUGCCAAGCUGGAUAUUGUGGGAAAGCCCACGACCUUUUUAGGAAAAUGCGGGAGUCAGAUGUGGAGCCAACUGUAAUCACAUGGAACACGUUGAUUUCCGGUUACAUGCAAAAUGGAGAUGACGAUCAGGCCAUGGAUCUUUUCCAAAGAAUGGAGAAGGAUGGACAUAUCAAGCAGGACACAGCAUCUUGGAAUGCUCUUAUAGCAGGCUACUUGUUAACCGGAAACAAAGAUAAAGCAUUGGGGAUUUUCCGACAAAUGCAAUCUUUAUGUGUAAAACCAAAUUCAUUUACCAUUUUGAGCAUUUUACCUGCUUGUUCCAAUUUGAUUGCAGCAAAAAAGGUGAAGGAAUUGCACUGUUGUGUGUUGCGCAGAAAUUUGGAUUGUGAAUUGUCAGUUGCAAAUUCUCUUAUCGAUACUUUUGCCAAGUCAGGUAAUAUAAAGUAUUCCAGAACCAUAUUCAACAGUUUGUUGGCAAAAGAUAUAAUCACCUGGAACACACUGAUUGCUGGUUACGUUAUACAUGGUCGCGCAGUUGAUGCAAUUGAGCUGUUUAACGACAUGAGUCAUACUGAACUUAAACCAAAUAGAGGUACUUUUGUGAGUAUGAUUUCGGCAUAUGGUUUAGCUAGAAUGGUUGGUGAGGGAAACCGUAUUUUCUCUAGAAUGAUAGAAGAGCAUCAUAUAUCACCAUGUUUAGACCAUUGUGCAGCAAUGGUAAAUUUAUUUGGACGCUCUGGUAUGCUGGAAGAUGCAGUUGAUUUCAUUAACAACAUGACAAUUGAGCCCAAUUCUUCUAUCUGGGCUGCCUUACUAACUGCUAGUCGUGUUCAUGGAAAUAUUGAAUUGGCUGUCUAUGCCGGGGAACGGUUACUGGAACUCGAACCAGAAAAUGCUUUGAUCUAUCAGUUGGUCUUACAAUUGUAUGCAUUAUCUGGGAUUCCUGAGGAUUCUUUUAAAGCAAAAGAGCCUAGAAAAAUGAAAGAUGCUAAGGAAUGUCUUGGUUGGAGCUGGAUUGAAGACGAAAACACAGUGCAGUCCUUUGUUGGUGGCUCUCAAUGUCAGCAGAUUAAUUGGGUGAUGCACUCUUGGAUAAAGCGCAUGGCUCCAAAGAGCAAGAGGUCCGAUUUGUCAAAUGGGCUUCCGGUUGAGGAAGAGGAGAGUGAAGCAUUAAGUGGGGUUCAUAGUGAAAAACUUGCAUUUGCUUUUGCCCUCUCUAAAUCUUCAAGUGCAUCCAUAUGUAUGCGAGUUGUGAAGAACAUGAGAAUGUGCAAAGGCUGCCAUGAGACUGCCAAAUUUAUUUCAAAUACCUAUAGGCGUGAAAUAUAUCUGUGUGACUCGAAGUGCUUGCACCAUUUUAGAGAUGGGCACUGUUCUUGCAAUGAUUAUUGGUAGUUUGGGGAUGAACACAACAAUUGUUCUGUUGAUAGCAUUAUACUUUCUCAAGGAAAUCACAGAGGCACAAGUUGA